AUGGCUACGAAUCUUCCACCACCGAAAGCUCUUUGUCUAUCGGGAAAUGCAAGUGAGAAUUUCAAGUUGUUCAAGCAGCAGUACGAAUUAUAUGUGAACGCCAUUGGAUUAUCUACUGCCAGUAAGGAAAGGAGAAGUGCUAUACUGCUAAAUCACGCAGGUGAGGAGGCGCUGAAAAUCUACAAUGGCUUCACAUGGGCUCCAGCUGUAGGUGACCCCGAAGGGGAGGAACAUGUACCAGCAGAGGACAAACUGGAUCCGGAAUUAAUUCUGGAGAAAUUCCAGAGGUUCUGCACGCCGAAAACAAAUGUUACUUAUGAACGUUACAAGUUUCACAGGUAUACGCAAUCAGAAGGUGAGAGUUUCGAUAAUUUCUUAUCACAAAUUAACACUCUCGUGUCUACGUGUGCCUACGGUGAACUAAAGGACGAUUUUGUCAGAGAUAAGAUCGUAUUGGGUAUAAAUAGUGAUAAGGUCAGAGCACGGCUGUUGAGAGAUGGUGAACUGACUUUAGAAAAAGCGAUAAAUGAGUGUAGAGCAGAAGAAUGUUCUGGAAGGUGGGCUCAGGAUAUAAAAGGAGAGACUUCUAAAGUGCAGGCAGUUCAACAUAGGCGGAAAGGAGGCCCUCGUGACAAGGGACCACGUAGUAACGGGCAGCAAAGAAGUGCAUCAAAUUGCUCCCAGGCGUCGAAUAGCCGGUCAUGCCGGUGGUGUGGAAAGGAGGUGCACCCCAGAGAAAGAUGCCCUGCAAAAGACAGUAAAUGUAACAAGUGCAAACGCCCAGGACAUUGGGGCAAGGUCUGCAGGAGUAGUAAAGGAAAAGGGUCUGUACAAGAGGUAGCAGAAGUGCAGUCUGACUCAGAUGAGUACUACUUCUUAGGAAGCAUCAGUGAUGAAAGUUACUCUAUUGAGAGUAUCAACAACAGGAAACGUAGGAGUGCAUGGUUUACGGAAGUCCAGGUGUCAGGUCAGAGCCUGAAAUUUGCUGUUGAUACUGGAGCAGAUGUGACAGUCAUUUCCAAAGCUGUGUAUGAUACACAGUUUUCACACUUCAUUUUGCAGAAGCCUGACAGGCCUCUUAGUGGCCCAGAUCAAAGCAACCUUUCAACUCUUGGAUUCUUUACUGCAGAACUAAAGAAAGGUGAUCAGACAAUCACAGAGGAUAUAUAUGUGUUCCCCAAAGGCUCUCUAUUGCUAGGUAGAGACGCUUGUGCAGAUCUAGGUGUCGUUAAGUUCAUUGGAAAAGUUACGUCAGAUCCUAUCCAGUCAGCGGAGUUCGGAUCAAUGUUCAAAGGCUUAGGAAAGCUAGAAGGAGAAUAUAAGAUUAAGAUGGAGCAAAACGCAGAGCCAUACAGUGUGAUGACUCCCAGGAGGAUAUCUAUUCCACUACUUCCUCUAGCCAAAGCUGAACUUGACAAGCUUAUCGAGCUAGAUGUUAUAGAACGGUGCACAGAACCAUCGGAAUGGUGUUCUCCUAUGGUCGUGGUGCCUAAAGGAAAUGGCAAAGUGAGGAUCUGUGUGGAUCUCACGAAGCUUAACGAAGUAGUGAAGAGAGAAAGAAUCAUGCUCCCCACAGUGGAUUAUACAAUUGCUCUGAUGGGAGGUGCUAAGGUUUUCUCUAAACUGGAUGCCAAUGCGGGCUUCCACCAAAUCUGCUUGGAUGAAGAUUCAAGGAAACUGACCACGUUCAUCUCACCAUUUGGUCGAUUUCGAUACAAGCGAAUUCCCUUCGGUAUCAAAUCUGGCCCUGAGAAGUUUCAGAGUGAGAUCUACCGAAUACUAGGUGGUCAACAAGGUGUGGUAUGUCUCAUGGAUGACAUUGUCGUGUUCGGAAAGAACCAGGAGGAACAUGACGAGAGACUCGUACAGACAUUAACACGGCUGAAAGCAGCAGGUGUCACCUUGAAUAAGGAUAAGUGCCAAUUCAGCAAAAGCCAGAUUGACUUUCUAGGUCAUCGGAUCGGAGUUAAUGGUGUGGAAAGCUCUCCAGAGAAGGUUGAGGCUAUAUUGAAAAUGCGUGCUCCAGAGAAUGUGAGUGAGGUAAGAGGUCUGAUGGGUACAGUGAACCAGCUCAUGAAGUUUGUACCCAACCUUGCUACUAUGACACAACCUCUACGUGAACUCUUGAGCUCUCACAGUGCAUGGUGCUGGGGUCCAGCACAGGAACAGGCUUUUAAAGAGAUUAAACAAUGCUUGACGAGCAGCCCAGUGUUGCAAAUAUAUGAUCCUUCACUAGAGACCAAGGUGUCAGCAGAUGCGUCUUCAUACGGACUUGGCGGAGUGCUUUUGCAAAAGCACGGUGACAGGUGGGCGCCAGUGGCGUAUGCGUCCAAAAGCCUUCUGGAUGUAGAGAAAAGGUACGCCCAGAUUGAAAAGGAGGCCUUAGCUAGUACCUUCGCAUGUGAACGAUUCACAGAUUACAUUCUGGGAAAGGAUAUUAUACUAGAGACUGAUCAUAAGCCUCUUGUACCACUGCUAUCCACGAAGGAGUUGGAUCAACUACCCGUACGUAUUCAACGAAUGAGAAUGAGGCUCAUGAGAUACUCGUUCACACCUGUUCAUGUGCCAGGAAAACUGUUGUACACUGCCGACACGCUAUCCCGUUCUCCAACACCAGCCAAAUCAGGUGAUUCAUUUCAUGAGGAAGUGAACUUAUAUGCUCAUCAAGUCAUAGCUGGAAUGCCUAUCAGUGAUAGCAAAUUAGAUGAUAUUAUGAUCCAUCAACAGGAGGAUGAAGCAUGCAGGCAAAUUAUGAACUAUGUAGCUGAAGGUUGGCCUGAAAAACAUAAUGUCAAGGGUUUAGUCAGCCCUUAUUUUGCUCAUAGAGCAGAGCUGACAGUGGUUAAAGGGCUGUUGAUGAUGGGACCUCGAGUCGUUAUACCAUCGUCUAUGAAAUUGGAAGUCCUGGAUAAGAUCCACGACGGUCACCAAGGGAUUGUCAAGUGCAAGGCAUUGGCCAGAAACACAGUGUGGUGGCCAAGCAUGAUGAAGAAUAUAGAGGAGUUAAUUGAAAACUGUCGCAAGUGUCAGUCUAACAGGAAAAAUCCUCCAGAACCUCUAGUUCCUACCAUGCUCCCACAACGACCAUGGCAAUACAUAGCCACUGAUGUCUAUGAACUCAAUAAAAGACUGUAUUUAGUAAUGAUUGAUUACUACUCCAGAUGGAUAGAGGUAGCUAGUCUGAGUUCAACCGCCUCAGCAGAGGUCAUAGACAGGAUGAAACGUGCAUUUUCCAGAUUCGGAAUUCCAGAUCAAGUAAAAUCUGACAAUGCCAGCUACUAUACAUCAAGGGAAUUUAAGAUGUUCACUUUAGAUUACGGGUUUCGACAUGUCACUAGCAGCCCAGGUCAUGCUUCAGGCAACGGUGAAGCAGAGAGAGCAGUGCAAACAGCUAAACGUCUCCUAGCUGGCUCUCAAGAUCCUUAUCUUGCUUUGCUACAGUAUAGAGCGACACCAUUGGCUAAUGGUUAUUCUCCAGCUGAGCUAAUGAUGUCAAGGAGGCUAAAAACCAAAGUGCCGGUGGCCCCGUCUCAGCUGUCCCCAAACCUUGUGCAGAAUCAUGCCCUACGUCAGUUUGAAGACAAUCACAAAACCAAACAGAAGCUGCACUUUGACAGAAGGCAUUCAGCGAGGCCUCUUGUUCCCUUAGAGAAGGGAGAUGAAGUGAUGGUACAAGACAGAGGACAGUCUGGAAUAGUAGUGGAGAAGUGCACACCUCGUUCUUAUGUGAUCCAUACGGACACUGGGUCAUAUAGAAGGAAUAGAGUACAGAUCAACAAGAUACCACCCCCACCCCCAGCUGCAGCUACAGCUCCAGCCAAACCCACACCGGUGCCAGUACCUCCAUCACCUAAACUUCCUUCACCCCAAACAGCUAACACUGCAGAAGGAACUGGCACAUCAAAAGUGUACACCAGAUCUGGCCGUCAAUCUAAGCCCUCAUCUAGAUUGAAGGAUUAUGUGCCAUAA